AUGCUCGCGGGCCCGCGCUAUGGCCACCGUGUGCGGAUCUGUACGCACCCUCACUUCAAGGACUUUAUAGAAUCCCACGGCGUCGAGUUCUUCAGUAUCGGUGGGGAUCCGGAGGCUCUCAUGGCAUACAUGGUCAAAAAUAUGGGCUUGAUACCUAGCCGUACGAGCAUCAAGGCCGGCGACGUCAAAAGGAGGCGCAAAGAGAUGUGGGAAAUAAUUAAUGGUUGCUGGCGAAGCUGCAUUGAGGCUGGCGAUGGCACUGGAGACCCCUUGACUGCAACAUCUGUUGAAGAUCCCGAAGAGCUCUUCUUGGCUGACCUUAUUAUCGCUAACCCGCCAUCAAUGGCCCAUAUACAUUGUGCCGAAAAGCUGAGCAUUCCACUCCACAUGGUGUUCACCAUGCCAUGGUCGCUUACCGAGGCCUUCCCACACCCCCUGUCGGCCAUGGCGUAUAGGGAUGCGGACCAGGGCGUAGCUAACUACAUGUCUUUCCUCAUGGUAGAGCUACUGACCUGGGAAGGGCUUGGUGACCUGAUAAACAGACUCCGGGUGCAAACCCUCAACCUCGACCCUCUGAGCGCCUUUUGGGGGUCUCAGCUCCUCUUUAGACUUCACGUUCCAUAUACUUAUCUUUGGUCCGAGGCCCUGGUGCCCAAGCCGAAAGAUUGGCGCUCCUAUAUCAACAUCACGGGCUUCUCCUUUUUGCCCUCGUCCACUUCACAUACGCCCCCGCCAGAGCUUCGGACCUUUCUCAAAAGCGGGCCUGCACCCAUCUACAUUGGUUUUGGCUCUAUAGUCGUCGACGAUCCACUGAGCCUAACCAAAACGGUGUUCGAAGCUAUCAGAAUCGCCGGCGUUCGUGCGAUCGUCUCCGAGAGCUGGAGUACAUUCAGGCGCCAGGAUAACAUCCCGGAGAAUGUGUUCAUGCUGGGAAACUGCCCCCACGACUGGCUUUUCCCACAAGUCGCUGCCGUUGUCCACCACGGAGGUGCUGGGACCACGGCAGCGGGCAUAGCUACCGGGAAACCGACAGUUAUUGUGCCGUUUUUCGGCGACCAGCCUUUCUGGGGCCAAAUGAUCGCUCGCGGCGGCGCGGGCCCCAUGCCCAUACCUUUCAAAGCCCUGACAGCCGACAACCUGGCCGACAGCAUCAAAUUCUCCCUGCGACCCGAGGCCGGCACAGCCGCGCUGAAUAUGGCUCGAAUUAUCGCAUCAGAGCACGGCGCCAGUGGCGCAGCUGACGACAUUCAAGCUCGCAUUGAUAGGGAUGCACUCCGGUGCGCAUUGUCUCCCGAUAGGAUUGCUAUUUGGGAGCACAAGGUCAAAGGUACCCGCAUAAGCGGCUUCGCGAUGGCAUGUUUGAUCGAAAAGGGUCUGGUCGACUAUCAUGACGUCAAGAUAAUCAGGCAUAAGACUUGGAACCUUGACGACGGAGCCAAGCAUCCUCUUGUGGGCGCGGCGGCAGCUGCGUCGUCCUUCAUCACAGCCAUAAUGUUAGCGCUGGGAGAUUAUUCUAAUGAACUCAAGAAACGUCCGGUAUCAACAGCGUCUAAAGGCAAGCCGGGGCCAGUCGAGCCGAAUUUGUCUACCAUGGUGGCCGAAGACGAAGCCGCGCCGCUCGAAGACAGCCUCCAAAAUCUAUCCAGAACUGAGAAACUAGUGCCGGGGUCAUUGGCCCAACAGCCCACAUCGUCCUCAAUCAACCUGCGUCAGGUAGCUGUACAAGCCAAGUACCAAGGUCGGCGCGGCAAUUCUAGAUUUAUCAUGCGAGCCACGGGACGAUUGGCUGGCGAUCUGAGCAAGGCCUGUCUCAGGGUCCCCGUUUCGCUAUCAUAUAACAUUGCCAAUGGCUUCCAUAAUUUGGCUUGGUAUAGCUUCAUGCACAAGAUGGACGCUCGGCGGCGCGAUGAGAUCGAUGGAUGGAAAAGCGGCCUACGCGCUGCUGCCAAGGAGUCCUCAUUGUCAUUAUGGGAAGCCUUCACCAGUGUAUUCCUAAGCCCAUAUCUGGGCGUCAAAGAGGGUGGAAUGAAAGGACUCAUGAUCGGCACCUACCUCGGCGCCCGAGGCUGCUUCUGCCUCCUUGGAGCUUAUGCCCUGAGCCUCAAGUCCUCCAGAUAG